AUGUUAAGUAGGAAUGUUUUAAUCAAGCAUUUCAUAUAUUAGAAGAAAUUAUUCCUGCAUCUAUUAUAGUUAAAUAAAAUCAUGGAUUAGUUUAAUAGUCAUUAUCAGAAAGCGAAAUUAAAGUAGAGAAGAAAAAAAAUAAAGCGUCUUUGGCAAAAAGAUAAAAAGCAAGACCAUGCAUAUCUGAUCAACCUCAGCCUAAUAGUCAGCCUGAACCGCUUGUUCAUAUAUAAACUCAGAUUUCGACUCAGUCCAAAGCAUAAUCUUAGCCUCAGCCUUAACCCCGAACAUAACCUUAGACUCAACCAUUACCCUUGUCCGAUCAACCACAACCUCAAUCACUACCUCAACCAAGACUUCAACCAAUAACUCAACCACAGCCGCAACCAUAACCAUAACCUUAGACUUAAACCUAGCCACAGAAUCAACCACAGAACUAUAAAAAAGGAUAGAGACUAAAAACCUGCGUAAUGUCAUAUGUUAGAAGAUUAAAAAGAUGCAAACUAACCCAUGCUUAAGUUAUAAGAGAUCACGUUUUUAGCCCUCAUCCAUAUUCAAAGGAUCAUUCUAUUGAAUUUUUCUAAGCAAUAAAAGAUAAUCAAGAGCCUGUUGUCACCAGAUUAUUACAAAAAGUUCCAUAUUUGGUUUACGAUUUUGAUAAUGCCCAUAUGACUGGUUUACAUUGGGCAGCAAAGAGAGGAUUUCCAAACUUAGUAAAAAUUUUAAUAUAGCAUAAUGCUGAUGUUGAUGCUAAAGAUAUUGUCUAUAGAACUCCUUUAUAUAUAGCCACAGAUUAUGCUCAUGGCAAAGCUUCCGCAAAGUAUAUAGAAAUUAUUUAAAUAUUGUUAUAUAAUUAAGCCUAUCCAUGGUCUUACGAUCAUAUACAAUAUUCAUCAGUUAUAAGAGAUGAUAAAAAAGUCAAAGAAUUAUUUGCUGUAAGUAGAAAAAUACAUUUAAUAAUCUUGAUAACUUCCCCUCAAUUAAAAGAUCAAAUUUGGAAUAAAGAAGUACCUGCAAUGAAUGCAAUAAAAAAUGUGGUAAAUUAUCCUAUUAAUUCAGAGCACAUAAGAGGAAAAAUAAAGCUCAAACACAAAUGAAAUCCUCAAAGGUAAUCCGCAUAUGGAUCCAAGAUUAAGAUAGUUUUAUACAUAAAAAUUAGUUCACCUUAAACGAAAGAUUGGAAAUUAAGCUUACUAGGAGAUUGAGAAAUAAAUUUAGAAUGAACAAGGAAUUUUCGAAUAUGUUAGAAAGUAACCAUUUCAAGCAAGCUGA